AUGUUUUGGGACUCUGAGAAACCAUACUGGCAACCUGCACUUCUGGCUAUCUUUCUCGUUCCCGAAAGUCCCAGAUGGUUGAUUGGCAAAGGCCGUGAGGAGGAGGCCCGUCAGGUCCUUGUCAAGUACCAUGGAAACGGGGAUGAUAACGACGAGUUUGUAAGGUGGGAGUUUACAGAGAUUGUCAAUACCCUCAGACUUGAGCGCGAGUCAUCAAGCAAUGGAUGGGCAGAGCUUUGGCGCACACCUGGCAACCGAAAGCGAUGUGGGUUGAUUAUUGCUACUGCUAUUUUCUCGCAGUGCAAUAGUAAUGGUCUUGUCUCCAAUUAUCUUGCGGCCAUUCUGAGAACCAUUGGCAUUACCGACUCCAUCACUCAAGCAUAUAUCAACGGAGGCCUCACGAUCUGGUGCUGGCUGGUGUCUCUCACGGCCGCCUUCUUCGUCGACCGUGUUGGUCGAAGGGUUCUGUUCCUCUUUGCUGGUGUCGGCAUGCUCAUUUCCUUCACCAUCUGGACCGCGUGUAGCGCUGUGUACGCAAAGACCGAGUCAUCCUCUACUGCCGGCAUUGCCAAAGGCCAGGCUCAGAUGAAGAGUGCAAUUACAGAGGUCGAACAUGCAUAG